GCCCCCAGCUGUGCCUGGCAUAGACAGAUGGGUGUACAGGGAGAAAAAGAUACCCACAGUCAUGGAGAUCAUGAAAGAAAGAUUUGUGCUGUGGUGUGUCAUGUCAUGUUGCGUUGUGCCAUGUUGUGUGUGUGUGCUGCAAGAGCCUGAUGAAUUGCCCAGGGAUCACAAAGCACCCCUGUCACAAGACUUUCUGGCCUGAAGACUGCCAAGCUGAUGAUCCUACAAGACAGCAUAAGGUUUUUCUUCUGAACAUGCUGCUCUCUCUGGCUCCUGUGUGCAGCCUGUGUGAGGGAGCUCUGGCUGGUUUUGUGCCCAUAUGAAUGAGAUUUCUUUGGUGUGUUUGAAUGUCCAUUUUCCUCGUUUAAUUUAUCUCCUCUUUCUUCAGAAAGAUAAUUUGGGAUCAGCGCGACUUCAGCUCCUUAGUCUCACAACUUUAGAAUGUGUAUACAACGUACAGGAGGCUUUGUAGGCUGAUUAUUCCUUGGAUAAAAGUUGUUAUCUUGUCUAAAGAGUAACAGUGUUGAAACAAACCCAGCAGUCCUUUGGGCCCAUGUAUUGUCAGCAGUAUAGGAAGCUUUAGAGGAAAGCAAAAAUUCUUAAUGCAUCUGGUCUUCUGUACAGUGCUGAUACCUGAAGUUAAUUAGGAGCAUUUCUUUCCAGGCUAGAUGCAGAAUGGCAGGGCCUCAGAGGGGCAGCCACACUAAAUAUAAUUUUGUAAUUACAAUUCCUAAGUAUAUUAUUACACAACUGCUGUUGCUGCCUUGACUUGGUAAAAGGUGUCUCCUCUUCAGUCAUGGGGUGGACAAGAUGUCCUGAAAAAGCUGGUUAUCUCUAUUGCCUUAGAGUUGUUAUGCACUUGCAGUGUUACAUCUUGGUGGCUGUGCUUGGGCAAUUCCCACUUCUGAAUUAACACUGACACGAAUUUGCUUUUUUAUGUUAAUGAGCACCAGUGAGUGAUUAGGUACAGGCUGCAGUGAUUUUGCUGCAAUAACAUGCACACAUUAGUCAUCUAGAUGGCUUAGUGCUUUCUGAAAGUACAGCAAGAGACAGUCUGUGCCCCUGGAGCAGCUGCUCUACAGAGUCACCAAGCUACAAGCUAUUGCCCUGCCAUGCAGAUAUGCCUUUAGUCCUGGUUUGUCGUGGUGUCAUGGUUUGUGGGAGCUAAAAAUGGUAACUCACAGCCUGCUCUGUACUACAAAUGUGCUGAAGAUCUGCCUCAGGAAUCUCCAGAACCUGCCGCAGCCUCAGGUAGAAAACUUAUGUGGCUACAGAGACCAUUGCAGAAACUCCCUGACAUCUUGGUGGGCUCAUCCUGCUGCAAGCUGGGCUCAGCCUGCCUUCACCAAAGGGGCAUAGAGAUGUUAAAACUGAGCAUCACCUGGGCCGUUGCUAGACUUGUGAGACAUCGAAGCCUCAGCUGGGAGAGCACUGGGAGUUGGUCAGAAAGCAGAACAAAAAUCUGUUGAAUCACUUUCUAUUUAAAAGAUUUCAAAUCCCUGCAGAUGAGCCUGUCAAAUGAAGGGAAGUGGCACACUUUAAGAUCUCACAAAAAAAUAACAGUUCCUGGAUGUUGUUUCUGUUGAUAGUUUCUGACCAGCCUCAUCAUUGGAGUUGAGACCAUUAAUAUGAGGGAUUGUCUUGUGAUUUCUAGCUUUUCCAUAGGGCUGAAGCACUCAGCUGGUUGGGGGAAAAAUCACCAAGAAAGAAGAACUGGUUCUCUAAAUCCCUACUUCUCACAGUAGUUGCUGUGGUCCAUAAUAGGGGAGAUACUAAGAGAGAGACGGAAAGCUUUGUCCAUAGAAAUUCUCAUCAAUGUGUUGAAAAUGAGAUCUGUUGUUAUGGAUUCACUAAAGAAGUGGCUGGGUUUUCCAGCCAACAUCCAAACCCAGUGCAAAAUCCCAUCCAUUUAGGCCAGCCCUUUUUACAGUGCUUUACUCUAACUUUCGAGUCUUGCAUCUUUUCUGCAUUCUUAGCAUUGCUCUGCUUAGAGAGGGAAUGGUAGCUUUUGCUCCAUAGCUCUUAUGAAAGCAUGAAUACACUUUAAGCAAACAAAACCAAAAAUCAGCAUAAAGCAGCGUCUUGUUUGGGAAGCCAUCAAUGCUUGAAGUUAUUUACAAGAUAGAAGAGUGAUGGAAAUUGAGCCAAACCUAUCGUCUUUUGAAUUUCCAGGAGAUAAAAUGUUACAGAACGACAAGUCAGAAAAGAAUGUAGAAAAUGAAGAGGAUGCAAGGGGAGCACUCCAAUUCACUACCUUAAGGCAGGGGAAGAGCCCCUACAAGCGCAGCUGUGACGAGGGGGAAUCCCACCCCCAAACAAAGAAAAAAAAAAUUGACCUCAUCUUCAAAGAUGUCCUGGAGGCUUCUUUGGAGUCUGCCAAGUUUGAAGAAAACCAGUUAGCAGCAAGUACACCACUUUCCUUCAGAAGAGCAUCUAAAUACCAGGCUGAAGACAUCUUUGAGCAGUGUGGCAGUGCCAUGCAGCAUGGCUCCCUGAGCCUCAGCAGAAACCAGAGUGAGAGGGAAUGGAAGGUCCCUCACAGCUCCUCUUUCAUUUCAGCCAAGGAGAUAAGCAUCCUUGAAGAUGAGGAAGAAGAGCCCCUGUCACUUAAAGCAGACAGCCCAACCGAGCUGUCACUGGCCUCUGCACAAGGCAACUCCCAUGAAAUCCCCACCACAUCCUUCUGCCCCAAUUGCAUCCGGCUGAAGAAGAAAAUCCGGGAGCUGCAGGCUGAGUUAGACAUGCUGAGAUCUGGGAAGUUACCCGAGGCACCUGUGUUACCGCCCCAGGUACCUGAGCUCCAAGAGUUCUCAGACCCCACAGCUUCAGAAAGCAUCAUCUCAGUUCCCACCAUCAUGGAGGAUGAUGACCAAGAGGUGGAUUCUGCUGAUGAAUCGGUUUCAAAUGACAUGAUUGCUGCUACAGAUGAGCCUUCCAAGAUGUCUUCUGCGACGGGCCGCAGGAUACGGCGGUUCAAGCAAGAGUGGCUUAAAAAGUUUUGGUUUCUGCGGUACUCCCCGACACUGAAUGAGAUGUGGUGCCAUGUCUGUAGACAGUACACAGUGCAAUCUUCUCGGACUUCAGCCUUCAUCAUUGGCUCUAAGCAGUUCAAGAUACACACGAUAAAGCUUCACAGCCAGAGCAACCUCCACAAGAAGUGCCUGCAGCUUUACAAGCUCAGGAUGCACCCAGAGAAGACAGAAGAGAUGUGCCGAAAUAUGACCUUGCUCUUCAAUACAGCCUACCACCUGGCCCUGGAGGGCAGGCCCUACUAUGACUUUCGGCCUCUGGCAGAACUACUGAGAAAGUGUGAACUCAAGGUGGUGGAUCAGUACAUGAAUGAAGGAGACUGCCAGAUCUUAAUUCACCAUAUCGCCCGGGCUCUCCGAGAGGACCUGGUUGAGCGCAUCCGGCAGUCUCCCUUCCUCAGCAUCAUUCUGGAUGGGCAGAGCGAUGACCUGCUUGCAGAUACAGUUGCAGUCUAUGUGCAGUACACCAGCAGCGAUGGGCCUCCAGCAACUGAAUUCCUGUCUCUUCAGGAACUUGGCUUUUCUACAACAGACAGUUACCUCCAAGCAUUAGAUCGGGCUUUUUCCAGCCUGGGAAUACGACUGCAGGAUGAGAAGCCAACUAUCGGCUUGGGAGUUGAUGGUGCUAACAUUACCGCCAGCCUGAGAGCCAACUUGUUCAUGACAAUCAGAAAGACCUUGCCCUGGCUUCUCUGCCUUCCCUUUAUGGUUCAUAGGCCUCACUUGGAAAUUCUGGAUGCCAUUAGUGGGAAGGAACUACCCUGUCUGGAGGAGCUAGAAAACAAUUUGAAGCAGCUGCUCAGUUUCUAUCGUUAUUCUCCCCGACUCAUGUGCGAGUUAAGGGUCACUGCUGCCACUCUGUGUGAGGAGACCGAGUUCCUGGGGGACAUUAGAGCAGUGAAAUGGAUCAUUGGGGAGCAGAACGUGCUCAACGCUCUCAUCAAGGAUUACCUUGAGGUUGUGGCCCAUCUCAAAGAUGUCAGUGGCCAGACCCAAAGGGCAGAUGCUUCUGCCAUUGCCUUGGCCCUCCUGCAGUUCCUGAUGGACUACCAGUCGAUUAAACUCAUCUACUUCCUGCUGGAUGUGAUUGCUGUGCUUUCACGCCUCGCCUACGUCUUCCAAGGGGAGUACCUUCUUGUGUCGCAGGUGGACGAUAAAAUAGAGGAGGCCAUCCAGGAGAUCAGCCGGCUAGCAGACUCCCCUGGGGAGUACUUGCAGGAGUUUGAGGAAAACUUCCGUGAAAGCUUUAAUGGCAUUGCUGUGAAGAAUCUACGGGUGGCUGAAGCCAAAUUCCAGUCAAUCAGAGAAAAGAUCUGCCAGAAGACCCAGCUGAUCCUAGCCCAAAGGUUUGAUUCCCGCAGCCGGACAUUUGUGAAGGCCUGUCAGGUAUUUGACCUUGCAGCUUGGCCCAGAAGCACUGAUGAGCUCAUGAGCUAUGGGAAGGAGGAUAUGGUACAAAUAUUUGAACACCUGGAGGCAGUCCCAUCAUUUUCCAGAGAGGUUUGCAGAGAGGGGAUGGACACCCGAGGGAGUCUGCUGAUGGAGUGGCGAGAACUCAAGGUGGAUUAUUAUACCAAAAACGGUUUUAAAGACUUGCUCAGUCACAUUUGUAAAUACAAACAGCGAUUUCCCCUCCUAAAUAAAAUAGUUCAGAUCCUCAAAGUCCUUCCCACCUCUUCAGCCUGCUGCGAGAAAGGGCGCAGCGCCCUGCAGAGAGUGCGCAAGAACAACCGCUCUCGGCUCACGCUGGAGCAGCUCAGUGACCUGUUGACAAUUGCUGUUAACGGGCCGCCCAUUGCCAACUUCGAUUGCAAAAGGGCACUCGAUAGCUGGUUCGAGGAGAAGUCCGGCAAUAGUUACGCGCUCUCGGCGGAAAUGCUGAGCAGGAUGUCAUCUCUUGACCAGAAGCCGAUGUUGCAGAGCAUGGACCAUGGCUCUGAGUUUUACCCUGAUAUUUAGGAAGGAAUGCCUCAGAUCAGAUAAUUUUUUUAAUCUAUACUCUAAACUUUGAUAUAUUAUAUAAAAUAUAUAUAUUAUCUAUAUUAAGGAAAAGCCCACACUGAAAUUUUAAAAGUUAAGACGAUGUGCGUCUGAUAGAAGCUAAGCAGAAUUUUAAAGAUUGAGACAAUGUUUAGACAUUUACUGGUGUCUCCAACCAUGGCAGCUGCAAUGUAGGUGGCAACAUUUCAUUCUUUAGAAGCAUGUGCUGGGGCCAUACUCUACAUGUUCAAACCUAACAACCUAUAAGCUAGACAACGGGUCUUUGUCAGCCACAUCCUCCCAGCAGUUUCCUUUGUAUGUGUGUUGUCGGUUUGCUGGGUUGUCUUUGUUUGUUUUGUUUCAUUUUGGGGUUGUUUGUUUGUUUGUUUGUUUGUUUUUCCUCAGUUUCAAUCUCUGCCUCUCUUUCCAUUGUUCAGCCCAGUUAUUGAGCCAUUUCAGCCUUUGUUGGCAACCGUCAGAUUUCUGAUUUCCAAGAGAGCAUCCCGUGUGUUUAUGUUGCCCCCAGCUCUGCCCAGUUCUCUUCAGAAGAUUACUGACAGGAGAGAAGGGCUGUGGGUAUGAUUUUGGGGUUUUAUUCUGAUUUAGAAACAAAUGCCUCCACUAAACUGUGAUGCCCCUUUCUCAGUUCACCCUACCUUUGGGCUGUAGAGUAAUACUUGGCUUUCAGCUCCUUUUAUGAUAACCGUAGUACCAGUCUAUCAUACGUAUGUUAUAACAUGAUGUCAUGUGCAGACUAUAAAAUAGCAAAAUAGAGAAGGCAGGGGGAAAUUUUUGCAUUUAUAUUUUUAUAUUGUAUGAGAUAAAUAUAUAUAUAUAUAUACAACUAUUCACUCAAAACCAGGGCUGCUGUGGAAGCUAGACAGCCAAUGAGUCGAGAGCCACCUCUGGGCAGAGAUUCAAAGGCUUAAAAAUUAUAUUCUAAUUUACAUUAUUUAUACUAUGUCUUUAUAAUCCUAGAUUGUUGUGGGGUUUUUGUUUUGUUUUGUUUUGUUUGGAAUGACUGAAAGAAAAACCUGCUGCAGUUUGGUGGCAGGAGCUAUCAAUGCAAGAUUAUCUUGGAUUAUAUUCAUGUGUGAUGUCCUACAAAGGUUCACUUACUCUCUUGUGACCAAGGUAACAUGUUCCACAGCACAGCAGACUGAUGACAGCAGGAAGAAGGGAUGCUCUGCUUCUUCCUGCAAAAUAUUUCUUCCUUUCUUGAAGGAAUGCAGAAUCCAGCUGAAAUGUGAAUGGGGGACUUGCACCUUCCAUCACAAAGAGAUUGUUUUGUGGGCUUGGGGCUCUUCUUUGUUUUAUUCUUUUAAAGUAAACAAGCUCCAGGCUUCCACACAGUAUCAGUUCAGGUUAGAAGAGAAAAAAAAAAAAAAGAAAAAAAAAAAACAAAAAAUCCCCAACCAACCAAAAAAAAAAACCAUCACACGAACAAAAAAGGUGCAAAAACUCCACAGAUGCUAGUGCCUUGCCCUGCUGAUGUGGCAUGGACAGCACCAACCUGACCAGACCAUCGUGGGGGUGAGACGUGUUGUCCAAAAGGUGUCCAAGCCAAUAUGUUCUCACUUCCCAGAGGGAUGAGCUUUGUGCCAAGCUGUGUUGUUUGGAAACAUGAUGGUGGUAUCAGCAACACUGAACCUUUCCUUUCUCCUGUUACCCCCCCUGCCCUUGGUCUUGGUGCUAAGAUAUCUCUAGAACCAUUGCUGCUAGUUGAUAGCUUUUCAUUUAUAUAAAUAUAUAUAUAUAUAUAUAAUAUUAUUUUAUUUUUUAAACUUUUUUGUUUGUUUUCAAUGGAGAUGUAGCAUGUUUGGAACCGAUCUCUCUCUGAGUCACUUUCACUGCCAGGGUUCACACACUGUCUUCCCCAGGAAAACACACACUUCUACCUAGGUCUCACUCACCUCCUGCUAACCCCUUUGCCUUCAGCAUAACUUCACAGCCAGCACUGGCAGAGGUGUGCAGCUAAGCCACUAUGGACUGGUUUAGCUUUCAGACCCCACAGGAGCAGCUAGGCUGGUGUUGGUCAAGGUUUUGGAAGUGUUUGCCUCUGUCCGUGUGGGACUGAGGAGGGACUGAGCCCACCCAAAGCAGGAGUGGUGGCCUGUCCUUGUGUCCUGACACUGCCCCUUCGCUGCCAAACAGGGCCUUUCCGUCAGAUGGUCCAGGCGGAGCAGAGCGGACCCUGGGAAUGUAGCAGCGAGGGCUGGUCAGCACCCUCCAUAGCACUUACCCUUGCCUUACCUCUGACAGCACGUGCAGCCUGAGGCUGGCUCGGGCAGGAGAGGGCACCUGUGCCAGGGCCACCCACCUGCUGCCAGACUGCUGCCAGGGGUGCAGGUGCUGGGUGCUCUUCCUUGUGGUCCUCAUGGAAACGCCACAAGCUAGGUCAGGGCAUCUCACAGUUGGAACACUGGGGCAUCGAUAUAACAUACCUAGCAAGCAUGAAAAAGGCUUUGUUUUCAUGUUUUGGUGUAUUUUCAUAAAUUUCAUAAAUUAUGUGAUUUAAUUGAUCCAUUAAUCCAGAGGAGUAAAAAUUAAACUAGAAAGCCUCUGCCAGCUGUGCAGCCUUGGGUGGUUCUUUGCCUGACCAUAAAGUAGGGACCUCUCUCCACAAGGUGCUCAUAGCUCUCCAGGCGUGGUGAAUUGGGUCUGCUCAGGGUGCUGCCACAAAAGCUCUGGAACUGCUGCCUGCCAGGGAGGUGGCAGGCUCCCUUCCUUUUUAAAACUUGAGGAGACAUAGAAAGAUAAAUAAGGUAGAAAAACUGCUGCUCCAUUAGCUUCUCUCUGGAGAUGGGCAAGGUGAACAUAGAUCAUAGAACCUGUAGAACUCCAUAGCUCUUCACAGGUGGAGAGGAAACAUCACCUGCCUUUCUGCUUGCAGCAGCAAAAGCUCCUUGGCACAGAGGCUCAUCAAAGUGCCUGGCCCACAUGGAGGGAAGGAACAUUUGGGGAUGGUCUCCUGACACCUUUGGAGAGAGGAAUGCUCCCCCAGGGCUUGUGCUGAGCAGCCUGAGAGGCCUGUUUACAACUGAUCCAGGCCUCCUAAUUUUGGCCACUGGGGAGGAAAAUGCAAGGUAAGAGUUGCCAGAGGCCUGUUCAGAAAAUAUUCUUCAUUUGUCACUCCUUCCCUUUGGUUCACUUGCAAAUCCUGCUUUCAUCAGUGACACCUUUUGCUGGCAACUCUUAUUUCUAAUGGUUGAGUGAAAUGAGCAGCAUGUGGUGAUUUUCUCUGGCAGGCAGCUGACACAGGCAGAGCACUUGUUCCUUUAGCAAAUAACUUUGUUUGCAGACAGUGAUUCCCUGCCACUGAAUGUUGUGGAUACCUGUGACGGGAAAGGUCAGAGACACCUUACACUGGUGAUGGGGAUAGACAAGAGCUUGGCAGAGCAACUGGCCCAGCCCAGCCCAUUCCAUCCCAUCCCAUCCCAGCUCCUCCAAAACAAUUUCCCGUUACCUGCACAUCAGAAAAUAAGCCUGGCCUUUGUCCUAGGGUAAUGCAGGUGCUUUACAAGCUUUCCCUCCAGGUUAACCUCCCUAUCUCAGAUCUGUAGCUCUUACCUUCAUGGGUAGUCUGUGGAUGGAAACAUGACUACCAGUAUGGACAAGACAGGGAGGAGGGAAGAAUAUCAGUGCAAAUCACCCCUGGCUUCCCAGGGCUCUCGAGCCUUUCCCAGAAGCAGGUUCAUUUCUGUGUCCUGUUUGUGUGGGCCCAGCCUGGUGGCAGUGAGGCCAGGAGGCAGCAGCAGGCACAGGGAGGGCUUAGCGCGGUGCUGAGGGAGGCUCCAGGAUUGCCAUGCAUCAGGUUUAAUCAAUGCCUUUCCUGCUGUGCUGAGAGAGGAAGAGGAUUUGUUUUGAACGUGUUGCUCACAGCAUCUUGAACUGGUUAAGCUGCAAAGACAGAGGGUUCAGUUUUUCUUGAAUGAGCUCUUUAUUGUCUCCUUCCCCUGCAUCUUAGCUAUGGCAUCUGACUGUGAAUAAUGCACACUUCUCCAGACCCUUGGGUUUAUAUUUCUAUAAUAUAGAAAUGGGAUUUUUGGUUGCCAAUUUCCCUUCCCCACUUUUUGCUCAGGCUCCUUGCCUCUUUUACCCUGCUGUGAAGCAGAAAUCUGUGAAGCACAUUUAGACAUGUCCUUCUGCAGGGCUCACCUACAUCCACAGGGGUCCGGGCCCUCCAGCCACGAGACCGACCUCUGCAGGGAUAAUCCUCACAAGAGACCAAAGCUCUUCUCAUACCAGCAAAAGCACACGGAAGUUACGAGGGCUGCGAGGGGACACGGUGGGCAGGGUCCUUGUGUGGUAUCUGCCUUGGGUCUUGAGCCAGCUGCAGCAAUGUCCCUCGUGCUGGUCAUGCUUUUGCUGGUAUGACUGUUCAGACAUGAUUCAGGCUCAGUCCAUCUCUUUCUCACAGCACAAACUCAACCAGAUGGCCCGCGGGGUCUUUGGAGUCCCCCUCCUUUCUUAUCUUGUGAGGAUUGCUAUUUGUUUGACCAGUGCCUAGACAGCUGGCUUGCAAGUAAGCAGCAACAGCCUCUGCUUUUGCAGAUUCCCCUCAGCCCUGUUAAAAGAGGUCUUAAAAGCAGAGAAAUGGUACGUUAAUCCCCCAGCCAUUGUAUCCAAUGCAGUAAUGCCUAUGCAAUUCCUGUCUCCUUUGGAGACACGUAUGAUGU